AUGACAGCCCUCUGGACAUGGAGAUCCGAUUCACCUUCCGUUCAGUCAAUCACCACGGCCUUCUCAUCUGAUCCCCUGAUAAAAUGGCUUCGACCGAACGCGAAACCAUGGGAUUAUCAAGACGCAUUGACGCAGAGGUGGCAACAUAGGAGGAUUAAGAGUGUGAUGUCAGAAGGCAUUGUUCUUCAGUCAGCCAGUGUCGGUCAGAUAGCUGAGGAAUAUCCUCGCAAGAACAAGAAGGCCGAGCCCUCAGAUGGUGCUGCUGCACCUAGAAAGACAGCUCACGUGUCAGUUCCUGAAAAUCCGGUUAUUGCAACCAACCAGGGAGAGGCUGGUGCUGUGGUAUUCUUAUAUCCUCCAAAGGAACAUCGUCCGUGGUCGAUCUCCUCGAUGUGGUAUUCUUGGAAAAUGUGGCUUCUGGAACUAUUCAACCCGGUCAAGGACACAUUGUUCAAGGAUGAGCGAGUGAAAAUGCUUAUGUCGAGACACACGCCCGGUAAAAGGCACCUUCAGGCACGCUACUCCAAGCUAUGGUAUCUGGAAGUUAUUGCUGUACACCCAUCACUGCAGUCACGCGGACUGGGAGGUAGCGUGAUGAGGGCUAUUCUUGAGAAAGUUGGGGGAAAUCCGAUCUUCCUUGAGUGCACCCGGCAGGAGAAUAUCAGCUUCUAUGAGGUGUUCGGUUUCAAACUAAUAGAGGAAGUGGACCUCACGGACACCCCGGCGCAUAUAGAAGAAGAUGGAAAACUCAAGUAUUGGGUGAUGGUACAUGAGACAGAUAGUACACAGUGA